AUGGCCGCAUUUAGCGGUGGGGAACGAUUCCCGCACUUGGAAGUGAGUUCAAUUGAAGAACUGCGAAAUAAUGCAAAAAGUACAAAUACCAAGAGAAGCACAAUCUUUUGGCUUGGCGUUUUUAAAUCAUGGGCAAAGGAGCGAGGUUUUUCUGAGGCCACUGAAACGUACGAGGCGUUCGACUUAGACAAAAUUUUGGAGAAAUUUUACGGUGAAGUGAGGAACAAGGAUGGCGGUGAAUACGAACCAGACAGUCUCCGCGUUAUGAUAGCAGCCUUGGACCGUUAUUUCAAAGACUGUGGUUAUCAGAAGUCCAUAAUACGAGACCGGGAAUUUUGCAAAUCAAAAGAAGUUCUCGAGGGAAAGGCAAAGCGUCUACGCGAAGAAGGGAAAGGCAAGAGACCAAACAAAGCUCGAAGUUUAACGCAAGAGGAGGAAGAACUCCUGUGGACCAACGGAAAACUGGGUAAUAAAACAGCCGAGAGUUUAAUCAAUACUAUGUGGUGGUUGCUGACACAAUAUUUUGGCCUUCGCGGACGACAGGAGCAUCACGGCAUGAAAGUUGAAGACUUCACAAUUGGCAAAGACAACGACGGACUCGAGUACGUUGAAUACAUCGAAGGUCCCACCAAAACAAGAAAUGGAGGCUUGUCAAAAAAGUUGAGAGAUUUCCUGCCCAAGAUGUAUGCUACAGGUGAUGAAAGAUGUCCUGUUGCUCUGUUCAAUGAGUACUUGUCUCGGCGACCAGCAACACUCCAAAAUUCCGGCCCGUUUUACCUGUCGAUAAAGUACAACUCCAACAACAACACUUGGUACAAAGCUCAACCUAUGGGCACAAAUCGCAUCAACGAAAUGAUGAAAAGGAUUGUCCAGGGAACACAACUUGAGCAUCAACAACAAAAGAAAUUGACAAAUCACAGUGCUCGUAAGACGGUAGUCAACAAAUUUAAAAAGAACAACGUUGAGCGUUCCUCGAUCGUGAAAGUAACUGGUCACCGCAACUUGCAAUCGCUCGGCGAUUAUGAUGAAGGAGACGAACAAGAACAGCAGCAAAUGUCUUCCAGGAUAUCAUGGAGAAAUAAUCCACAACAACGUCGCGAUGGGGCAUCCACUUCAAGCCUGGCAAAAUUGGCAAUGCAACAACAGCAAGCCUUCCUUGCUGAUUUCCAACGGCAAGGUCAACUAAACGUGAGCAGCAGUAAUCAACUGAGUCAAGCAACGGUGAGACAAGAAAGUCGACAGAAAAUGUUAAACAACAACAAUUUCAACAACUGCCAAGUAACUUUCUCAGUUGGUUCAACGAUGACUUCGCCAAUUCUGCCUCAGCAUACUUCGAACCCGAAGCGACGUCGCGCUUACAUGAUUGAAAGUGACUCUGAUUGA